AUUUUCCAUGCUUGAGCACACCGUGGCAAGCAAAGUAGCAUACCCUAAAGCCCGUUAACCGUAACGUCUCUCCAUUUUUUUCCCCUCUUGCUAUGGAAAUCGCUCCUUGCUUUCGGCAUUUUACGAUUCAUCCUCGGAUCGACCUUCGCCUUGCUUGCAGAUCGGAUAUCUCUGGAUGUUCAUCGCUUCACGGAUUCUGCCACUUGAAUCUUCGCGGACGCAACGGACUUUUCACACUUCGUCCGAUUUUCCGAUCUCGCACACGGAGAAGAGGUGGGUUAUGUCUUGUUUCAUUUCAAUCAAAAUGCCCAUCCCUUACAACAGUGGGUUUUACAGCUGUUGAGACAAGUGAUCAAGCUGGAAAGUUAUCAUCAAAGAUGUCUACAGCCGAGGAAGCCAUACUACAGGGGAAAGGCCCCGGAGAGAAUGACCGAAUCGAUGAUGGUGAAGUUGAUUCAAAAUACCUCACUGAUAAUAAAAUGGUCAGAAUUUGUGAUAAGUUAAUUGAAGUGUUUAUGGUUGAUAAACCAACACCUACGGAUUGGAGAAGAUUGUUAGCUUUCAGCAGGGAAUGGCGAAAUAUCAGAACUCACUUUUUCAAGCAUUGUCAGAAAAGAGCUGAUUCGGAGAGUGAUCCUGAAAUGAAACACAAACUUUUCAGACUUGGUAGGAAAUUGAAGGAGAUAGAUGCUGAGUUGCAAAUGCAUUAUGAACUUAUUAAUGCGAUUAAAGGAGCACCAGCUGAAAUUGGGUCUAUUGUUGCUAGGAGGCGGAAAGAUUUCACCAAGGAAUUUUUUGUUCAUCUUCAUACUGUUGCAGAAUCUUAUUUUGACAACCCAACUGAACAAAAUGCUUUGGCAAAGAUGGGAAACGAUUGUCUUGCUGCUGUUCAAGCAUAUGAUAGUGCAUCAGAAAGCAUUCAGGCUGUUGAAGCUGCUGAGCUAAAGCUCCAAGAUAUCAUCAGUUCCCCAUCAGUUGAUGCUGCAUGUAAAAAAAUAGAUGAUUUGGCUGAAAAGAAACAACUUGAUUCUGCUUUGAUGUUAAUGCUUACUAAAGCGUGGUCUGCUGCUAAGGAAUCAAGUAUGAUGAAGGAUGAGGUCAGACCCUAGUUUAAAGGAUGCAAU